UUUGCCUUGACAUACAUGACACCUGUCUGGGUUAGGAGUCCUUGUUGGGAUGUCGUUGCUGUAUUGGUAGCGCAUAUCAUCCCCUUUUAUCCUCAGACAUCUUCGGUUCAGACCCUCUAGAAGUUCAUUUUUCUCUUGUCUUUACAUCACUCCACCAAAUCUAGUCAACUUAUUUGUUGUGGCAAAUUAAAGCGCGAAUCAUCUUGAUUUAAUAAAACCCUCUUUACCUUCAUCACUAAGCUACAAUGGAUUUUGGUGUGGAGAACUCACGGGAAACCUCUGAUAGCAGGGAAUCGGGUACUGCAGAUCUCGAGAUGACCGCAGAGGCUCAGAGACCCACAUGGAGCGGCCGGCUGGAGUUCAUCCUGUCCACGGUGGGUUACGCCGUGGGACUCGGUAAUGUUUGGAGAUUCCCGUACCUGUGCUACAACAGCGGUGGAGGUGCCUUCCUGAUUCCUUAUCUUACCAUGGUGCUCGUGUGUGGCAUUCCUCUGCUCUUCAUGGAGUUUACUGUUGGGCAGUAUACUCGUUUAGGGCCUGUGCAUGCUUUCGCCAAAAUCUGUCCCUUGUUGAAAGGUGUUGGUCUGGCCACAGUUGUUAUCUCCUUCGUUUUCUGCACGUAUUAUAAUGUGCUCAUGAGCUGGGCACUUUACUAUUUAUUCAGCUCCUUCGGAAUGGAGACUCUGCCCUGGAAGUCCUGCAACAACACCUGGAAUGCUGUUGGAAAUUGUUCGAGUGGCUUUCCUGGCAAUGAUACCCACCUGCAGUCUGCUAGCCAACAGUUCUUUGAUAACAGACUUCUGGAAAAGACUCGCGGUAUUGAAGAAUUAGGUGGUCUUCGUUGGGAACUCUUUGGAUGUCUUGUCUUUGCUUGGGUUAUUGUGUACUUAUGUAUAUUUAAAGGAGUCAAAUCCACAGGAAAGGUAGUAUAUUUCACUGCUGUGUUUCCAUACUUCAUCCUGUUUGCCCUGCUCAUCAACAAUGUGCAGCUUCCUGGAGCCAAGAAUGGUAUCCUCUAUUUUGUGACACCGGUGUGGAGCAAACUGUUUGAAGUGAAGGUUUGGCUUAAUGCAGCUGCCCAGGUGUUUAACUCACUUGGAAUAGCAUUUGGCUCGAUGAUUUCAAUGGCAAGUUACAACAAGUUCAACAACAACAUUCUCAGGGAUGCAUUGAUUGUAUCAGUGGCCAACUCUUUCACUAGUAUCCUGGCUGGCUUCGUGAUCUUCUCAGCUGUCGGUUACAUGUCUCAUAUACAUAACCUCCCAGUGGACAACAUAGCUACAGAUGGUGCUGGUUUGGUGUUUGUUGUGUACCCUGAAGUUCUUUCAACCAUGCCAGUCUUUCAGCUAUGGGCCCCACUUUUUUUUAUCAUGCUGUUGUGUCUGGGCGUGGACAGUCAGUUUGGCACAGUUGAGGUAGCUGUGACAUACAUAAAGAAUGAAUUUGGAGUCAAAGUUCUGCCUUUCCUGAAGAGAGAAGAGCUGCUGGUCCUGGCUGUGUGCUUUGUUUGCUUUGUACUGGGGAUUCCUCACAUUACCAAGGGAGGUAUCUACGUGUUUCAGCUGAUGGACCACUACACUGCUGUGGUUUCUCUUGUGUUCUUGGCUUUCUUUGAGGUUGUUGCCAUCUGUUGGAUCUUUGGUAUCCCACGUAUCUCCUUAAUGAUCAGAAGGAUGCUAGGAAAAAGUCCAAAUAUCUACUUCCGAGUCUGCUGGCUGCUGCUCUGCCCCAUGUUGGUGCUGUGCAUACUGGUUUCCAGCAUUAUUCAGUACACUCCUCCUCACUAUGGGAAGUACGAGUACCCAGUGUGGGCUGAAUGGGUGGGCUGGGGUGUCUCUUUGGUCUCUAUAGUAUGGAUCCCAUUUGGUGCAAUACAAGAGAUCUAUAACAAUAAAGGAUCCCUUCUUCAGAGACUGAAAACAGCUAUGACUCCGACAAUAGACCUGAAUGUUAUGGCUCACCUGCCGGAAAAACAAAACCUUGACAACCUGGCGUCUGAAAAAUUACUCAGUUCGGUGCCACCUCUGACACAGUGACCACAUACAAGGCCUGGAAUAAGCAGACUUUGGGCCAUUUCUAUCAUAAUCCCAGUUACAUCCAAAGAGCUGUUGUUAUCUCAAACUCUGCAUUUAUACUUUAACAACUCGAGCCACUUAACCUGUAGGCGACUUCAAAACCAUACAGUAAGUCACCCAUUGCACCUUUUACAAAGAAUGCAACUAAAAUCUGUGGCUUUGUUCACCAGAUGAAUUUUAAAAUUAUUUUAUUUUGGGUAGGAGUGGCUGAGGAGCAAGUAAUUGUUUAAAACGAUUGGUUCGUUAUGCUGUAAGGUUCAUUGUAUACAUCAGUGAGUCUGUGGGGUUAAAGAGUGUAUAAUGGAUCUAUCGUAGAUGCAGCCUUUUAGCCUUUUAGGUCACUACAUUUAUGAGUUGAAUACUUAAUACUUAAUUUUAAAUCAACAAAAGAAAUGGGUUUGAAAAGGCUUGGUCCAAUGAACAGGAAGCAGACAUAUUCCUCCUACAAAUAUGAAAGCAGAAAAAUACAGGUUCUAUAGAUGUGUGACAGAUGUGAUCUGGUCAGCGGGUUAGCAGGUUACACCUGGACAUCCAGGCCAAAUUUGACCCCUUGGUUCUCCCUGUCGAGCCUGUGAGAGUUUAAGGAGAAUUUAGGAUUCAAAGGUGAAAAAGUAUAAAUCACGCAGUUUGUCCCAUUUCAUCCAACAAACAGAGAAUGGCUUACAGUUUUUUCUUUUACAAAAUUUGUUAA